GGAUUUUGUGUUUCUAAAUAUCUGUAUAAAUUUGAAAGUUUUGUUGCAAAGUUAAUGGAACAAAGGAAUUUUCUUUGCUUCUAUAUAUGUUUGUCAGCAGUCUAGGCAUUUACUAUGUUUACCUUUUCUCGUAGGUGUACCUAGAAAUGCUUCCAAACUAUUACCGCCAUGUUAAGAAGUACGGGACCUCACUUUUGAAAAGACUGUAUGGACUUCAUGUUAUCAGGCCACUGGGAGGUAUUAAGGUUUACUUUGCGGUUUGCGCAAGUGUAAUGCCGUCCGAACUUUGCUUAUAUAAGUGCUAUGAUCUCAAAGGCUCUUCAGUAGGUAGAGCCCGCAACAGAUUACACGUCCACGACACGGCCAUACUUAAGGAUCUGGAUUUUGAUUUUUGCUUUUACCUGGAUCCAUUGGUCCAUGCUCGGCUCUUAGCACAAAUCAAGUAUGACUGCGAGUUUUUGGAGGCCGAGGGCAUCAUGGAUUAUAGUUUAUUGCUUGGUAUGCACAUAGAUACUUCGCGUUCACCGGAAGGUUCAAUUGAUAAAAGAAAUUCCAGAAGUUUUGAUGCCAAAAAGCAAACAGAUGAUACUUCUGAAGACGAUGAAACCUCAUCAGAGUUAACUCUUGCCGAUAUCUGCGAUCUAAUUGACAGGCCUGGUUUUAAAUUUGGCGACGGACUGCCAGCACGCGCUGUCCGAGCCUUCAAUAAUGAAAUGGAGAGUAAAUCAUAUAGGUCCAGCAGAUCACAGGAAUGCUUCAAUGUUCUUUUGUUCUUUGGAAUAAUAGACUUCUGUCAGAAUUACAAUAUGAAGAAACGCAUUGAGCAUGCUUUCAAGGCAAUCAAAUAUGACUCUAAGUCCAUCAAUACUGUGAACCCCAAAGCCUAUUCUUCUCGCUUUCAAGAGUUUCUGAGCAAAGUAUUUCUGCCCGAAGAGUCGGAUGACUUUGAUCUCAACUGGCAGGUUCCUUCUGCUCCUUCAAAAUCUGACCUUUAAAUGCAGAUUCAUGUUACUGUUAGGCUUGAACAAAAUAAGAAAUGAAAAACUAGGACAGAUUCAUGUAAGGCCUGCUCAGGUCACAUUGAGCCAUGCUUUCGAUUAAUGAAGAUGGU